UCCGUGUACGCACGAGAGCAAGCAGCAGUCAAGUGCUCAGUGCUCUAUCGUUUUUUCGAAAUUUUCCGCCGUAGUCUACCGUGAUUACCCGCGAGUUUGCUCCUGCAGCAUGCCAAAGGCCGGCCGUGGCCGUGGCAGUUCGAGUGCGGCCUCGAAAAACCCGCGAAGUUCGUCUACCGGCCGUGUGCAAAAAGGUAAACAAACCAACGCCGUGUCGACCGCCAUCGCGCAGGGGAGCGUGAGCGCAGAAGGAAUCGACAAAAAGUUACUACACCCCGGAUAUGUUCCAAGAUCACCAGUGCGAACCCGUUCGGGUACUUCCGGAGCCACGACCAACACGUCAACAUCCGCCAACAUUCCCAUCAGGAACGAGUUCCAGAUGCUGAGCGACGACGAAGAAAACCACAACAACACCGACGGUAGCAGCACUACCGACGACGACGAAUACGAUGGACGUGCACGGAAGAAAGUGUCGACGUCAAAAACGAACAAUUCUCCAAAGGAACGUAGACCACCUCCAAUAUAUGUUUUGGACACGUUGACGGACGAUAUUGACGAGUUGCUGGAAGGCCUCGGAUAGUGUCUGAAAAUCGGUAAGUCGUCAGUGCAAGUCUACACAUUUGACAGCAAGAACUUCGACCUGGUUGUGGAGAAAUUGAAGAGUAAAAACUUCAAGUUCUACACAUUCGACCCCGUGCAGAAGACUGCCGUGAAGGUCGUCUUGGGUACCAAGACCGCCCGAUCUCCGACCUAAAGAAGGACCUCUCGGGUGCUGGAAUUACGCCGCGUGACAUAAAAGUCCUCUCGCGGAAGACAACGGUCACAGGUACACACACACUGUACCUGUUGUACUUCGACCGCGGCACCGUCAAAAUUCAAGACCUGCGGAAAACUAAGGCGUUGGACGGUUUUUGGGUAAACUGGCGGUUUUACUCAAAGAACCCGACGGACGCAGCGCAAUGCCACCGUUGCCAGAAAUUUGGCCACGGCUCGCGGAACUGCAACCUCCCGCCCCGCUACGUGAAGUGCGGUGAAACACACCUCUCGGAGGCGUGCGCACUGCCGUGCAAGGCGGACUUGGGGGACAAGGCAGAGCAAACCAAGGCGCGCAUCAAGUGCGCCAACUGUGGAGGUAACCAUACCAGCAACUACCGUGGAUGCAGCGCACGGAAAAACUACCUCGAGGAGCAGGAAAAGAGGAAAAAGAAAGCAGCACCCAAGUAGCAUUUGGCAACAUGAUAAAUUUGACUAAGUCCAGUUUUUGUUUUGUUUUGCUGUAGAAACAUAAAAAUGACAUUUUAGCAACAAUACGUUGCAAUGUUACAAACGUUUCGAAUUGAAAACAACUUUGCAACAAUCCAUUUCGUUUUGUAAUCGAAACAUAUUGAAAACUUAUUGGUUCCAUUGUUGCAACAUGUGACUUAGCCCGAUUUGUGUGCUAAGAAUAAUAUUGAAAUCAAAAAUCCUUAGAUACAGUUCAGCCCAACCAUUUGCCCUUUCAUCAAUUCAUCCGUGGCUCAGUGGUAGAGGCAAGGUGUGUAGAUCUGAAGGUACCAGUCCAGAAUCCCGACAGGGGUACUUUAGUUUUUUUGUUCAAAUAGAUUUUUUUUUUGUUUCGCGCAAAUUAAACGACAACAUAAUGGCAACAUCAUGACAACACAACAAACUACUUUACCGACAUAUUUAGACAAACAAAUUGUUUCUGAAACUUCGUCGUAACAAAGUUGAAACAAACGGCUAAAUGUUGCCAACACAAAAUUUUCGUGCGCUUUUAGGGCACCACGAGUGUUCUAACUAUGUUGUGAUAGCACAUUUUGGGAGUUACGAAAUAGUUGCAUUUAAGGAUCCGCAACAAAAAAUGUUACUUGGGCAGCAUCCCACCCUCCUCAGCGAAGUACGAGCGUAACCGUGCCAGCUGCUGGUCAUCGUACGGUUCCAGCGGACAACCCAGCGUUCCCUCCUGGAUGGGGUCGAUCGUUCGCCAGCGUGGUCGCUGCCGGUAGCGGCAAUGCGGCCCAGCAAGAAGUCACCGGGGAAGAUCUCUUUACCCUGCCGGAGUUCUUUGCUCUCGCGGGGGAGAUGAUGACGCGGUUCCGGACCUGCCGUAACAAAGCGGAGCAAUUCCUGGCCCUUGGGGAGCUGAUGAUCAAGCACAUCUAUAAUUGAUUAAAUUUUGCUGUGAUCUAGUUGUAAGCUGUUUCUAUUCCUAUUCCCUAUCAUUAGCAAUUGCGUAAGUUUUUUGAAAACUUUUUCCUACUCUUGUUUGUGCAUUUAAUUAACAGUGAUAAUUGCUCUAAAACGAAUUAAGACGUAACACACAGCUGAAAUGAACACAAAAACUCUGUUAGGUUCAUAAUAUGUACAAAUUGUAAUUUGAUUAUUCACAAAUAAAACCGAAUUGAAUUGAAA